AGCGCUGGGACGCGUGGAAAAGGGGGCUCUACUUGGCGGAUAGGGAGGAGGGGGUGCGAGCGUUCUUAACACAUCUGUAAGCGGAGCCCACGUUCAUUAAUUAAAUGGCUUUAGUCCGGCUAGGCCUCAAUUUGCGCUGUUGAGCAGCAGGAGGCGGGCAGUGCAACACUAGAUGCCCGAUUGGCAGCCCACAAUCAGAGGGGUAAGGAAAUAACUCGAGGCCGAGGUUUGUUUUAUUUUUAUUUUUUUGGGAAUCUCCAGCUCACCGAGUGGAGAUUUUUUUUCUGGCUAUCCUGGAUGAACUCAGUCGAUGGUUUGAAGCUGCAGCUCCUGUCGUGUACAGGCGGAGUUUGUCAGGAGUGGAGGGCAGCUAGUUGGAGACAGUUUGACGAGCCCUUAAUUAUCUCUGCCUGCUAACAGGCUAGCUAGCAAAGUGACACGACUGUUAACAGUCCCAGUCCUUUUGUUUAUUAAUUUACUGAUGGCCCAGCGCUAACCGAGAGCCAAAAGAUUAUGCUGACGUAUGCCGAGGAGUCUGGAGAGUUGGUGCGCAGUCAAAGGAAUGGAGUGGCAAAGUGGGUGUGCCCCCUCUGCCAGCAAGGGCAAUCAAACAGAUCUUCCUUGUCUUUACAUCUCAAUGAGCAACACAGCGUACUUCCAUCGUGUGUCAACCGGCUGCUGGACAUUAUUGUUUUAAAACAAAGUGCAAGUGAAGAAGAGGAAAAUCAAGCUCCACAGUCAACAGAUACCGAAUCUUUACACACUGAAGACAGCAGUUCAGAGUCCCGGCAGUCUCGCGAGAGUUCCAACUCUACCCAGAUGCUCGGAGAUAAAGACAUGGAUGAAGACAGAGCAAUGGAGCAGGAGGGAGGUAAAGUUCAACAAGAGCAAGAAGAGGAGGAAACCCCAAUCGCAGGAGCCAAACAACAAAAUGCAACCGAAAGCACAGAAAUGCCCGACACAAGUGAAAAGUCACUCGGUAAAAAUGGUGUGCCAGCUGAAAAUAAUACCCGCUCAUUCAAAUGCAAUGCUUGCCAGGAAAGUUUCUCCAGCAGAACUGCCUUGAGUGUUCAUUACACUUCCACUUCCCACAUUCAGAGAAUGACGACAGGUCCUGCAAAGCAAGGUGCAGAAAGUAAUCCUCAGUCUCCCUCAGUUUCAGCCCGGCCAUUUACAUUGAACAAACCCUACCAGUGCGCUGUGUGCCGAGUCUCUUACAAUCAUGCCAUCACCCUUGAGAGCCAUAUGAAAUCUGUCCUACACCAGACUCGCAGUAGAAAUGCUGGAAUGGUCGCACAAACUGUAAACAGUGCAACGGCUGCUGCUAACCUGAGAGGUAAUGCCGCCUGCGCCUCAAAUAUUGUAGUGACUUCUGGAAAUGAAACGGGUCAUUUAGUCACCUCCAGCACCAGCGCUGCUCCUGGGACACUAAUGCCAACCUCUGCUAAAGAGGGCGAGCAGAUUCCGACUUCACAAGUGGCUCAAUCCCUUCUCGCCUCCCCGGUGGCCUCGGCUCAAGCGGUCUCUGCCUUUCUCACCCUUCUCACUUCCAGUCCCAACACCCUGUCGCACUCCCUGCUCCCCUCCCUGUUCACGGCCAGCGCUGCUCCUGGUGCUGCUGCGCCUCAGCUCGUGCCUCAGCCUCAAAUGGUAAUGCCCUUGAUCCUGAAUGGGCUUCAAGCCCAAACGCAGCAGCAUCAGGAGAACCAGCAAGGCCAGCUCCUCACCCAAUGUGUGCCAUUUGUAGGCCUCGGUGCAGCCCAGCAAGCCCUCCUAACCCAAAGACUUAACAGCUUACAGAACCAGUGGCCCUCUGCCGGACUCCUAAACAUACAGCCUUCUCAGGAAGACCCAAAGCAAACUGUACAGUCUGAGGGAGAGCAAGAGAAGAAGGACAGCAUCGAGACUUCUGAAGACCAGAUGAGAGAUGACCUUAAGAGGGGUUCAUUCAAUAUAAAGGAAGAGAAGUGCGAAGAACUUUACCAAUGUGACAGCACAGAGGUGAAAGUUGACAGUAAUGAAGGCAGGAGGCAGAAGGAGCGUCGCAGCAGCUCAUCAGACAGAAACGCUGCCACAAACCAGCCGGAGUCGGAUGCUGAUAAAGCGGCCGCGUUAAACCUCUCCCAAGCUGCCACGGAGAGGAGCCUCUGCAAUAACGUUUCACCUUCUACAUCCAUGCCGAGCAAUGCAAGCCUCAGUCCUGUAAAUUUAAAUCUUACACUCAGCCCAGAUUCUACCCCUCAAAAACCCCUCACCAGCCCUGGUGAUUCCCCAAAGUCCAACCCGAGCUCCAAUGCCUUAACUACAAACCAAACUCGUCUCCACUCCAAACCAGUGAGAUCCAGUUAUCCAGACCUUCCGGUGCUAUCAGAGUUCCAGUCAGAGGUGCUCUGGGCCUUCUUUGAGUCGCGCAGUGAAGCAGAUGCCGCCAGUCCUCCUCACGAGGACUGCGAAGCUCUGGGCAGAGAGGUCGGUCUGUCCGAAGAAGAGGUACGAAGGUGGUUGACCCAAGCCUGUCAGGCAAAGCAAAGACAGAGGGCAACGGAGGUGGAGCGACUGACACGAUUUUCAGGACGAUUCCAAGGCUCCGAGGACUAUGAUGAUGAUGAGGAAAGUAUGCUAGUCAUAGCAGAGGGUGAGUCUGAGAGUGAUGUUCAGGCUACGAGUGGGCGGGCCAUAGACCUGUCCAGUACUAGAAGGAAGCACAAGCCUAGAGUUGUUGGAAGUAAGGGUCAAGAAGAUUCCUGUCUGACGUCAGACUCAGAAAAUGAGGUCUACACCUCAGUUAUUGUUUCUGAUGAGGAAAGUCAGAAUGAAGUGGUUAAAGAGAGCCAUGAAAGUCCCCCUAAAGUUGAAACCCAGCAAGAUGCUCCCAACGGGUCAGCUGGCGGGAAGGUACUGCGCUCCACUACUGUGUUCUUGUCUGACGCAGAGGAUGAGUAUGAAGAUGAUGAAGGUGGGGGGAGCCACGGAGGCAAGAGGAAAAAACGGAAAGGCGAGUUUGAGCGGGAUGAGGUGGAGGUGAAGCGUGAGAGACCAGAUCCAGACGUGGAUCUGGAGUUGGAGGCUCAGGGGGAUCCUCCAAGUUCACACUCCUCGACAACUGAUAUUGCUGGGAUUGCCCCUGGUGCUCUACACUCAUUUCCGUUGUCGCUCGGUCCCUUUUCUGCACAGUUUCUUAACCCUUACGUUCUCUCUCUUCCUCCCUCAAUGCUCACUGAUGGGGGCAAGAUGCCACUUUUUUCUAAUCCCCAAAAUGUUACACGCUUUUCCAACUCCAUCCUGUCCCAGUCUCUAUCUUCUCACAGCCCGUUGUCUCCCUACCUGUCAAACGGGGAUGACUGCGAGUCCGCUUUGGAUCUGAGUAUGGGGAAGAACAACUCCAAAUCUGUUUCUUCACCCUCCUCUCUUGCUGAUAGUAUUGCAGCACAGAAGGGACAACUGCUGGACGGGCUCGGCUUACGGCCCACUUCCAAAGGUUUGGUUGUCGUGCAGGUUAAGCCAGAAUCCAUCGCCGCCAUGUCUCCGUCAAACAGCCCUAUAAAUCUGGUCAACUGUAGCAACAUUGCAACCCCCCACAUCAACGCACGAGCAGCAGCAAAAAUGAAUGCCAUGCUAAUGGAGAGGGAGCGAGAGAAGGAGAAGGACCGGGAGCAGCAGCAGCAGAGGAAGUCCAAAGGAAAAAGGUACAGAGACAUGCGGCGCUCAAGGACCAUCAUUCAGGCUGAACAACUUGACAUUCUGUACGGCUGCUAUUUCAAAGACCCAAAUCCGGGGAAGCAUGAGUUUGAACAGAUUUCCGAGUGGGUUCACCUUCCAAAGAAAGUUGUGCAGAUUUGGUUCCAGAACAUGAGAGCAAGGGAAAGAAAAGGAGAGGUGCGUUUUAUCAGCGACGGGACGCUGGCGGCUGUUGGAAAGCCUCUCAUCAAAUUCACUUGGCCUCUCUCCAAGCCUAUCUUCUCCAACAAGUCUGCUUCAAACAACACAGGGGGCAUCACUGCCACUCCAAUCGUGCGCACCCUCAUAAAAACAGACAGAGAGCCCGGAAAAGACUUAGACAAAGCAGUCAUGGUGAAAAAAAUAACCCCUGUUCCCAUCAAGCCCAAGGAGAUGAGUUCCACUGCUGCGGGAUCUCCUGUGAGCAGCAGCGCUUCAGCUAUGCCAAAGACACAUCCUGAAACCACCAGCAAUGUCACUAUGGUUAAAGUCACACCCAAAGUCAGUACCCCAGUGCUCUUAGCAGCACCCAGGGACCUUAUUCCAAUCGCCCCUAGGCCACCUCAUCCACAAAAAGCAGAAGAAAGCGAAGAGGAAAAGACAGAUGAGGAAAAAGACGAUGGAAGUGAGAUGACAUCUGGACCGGGAAUAGCUAACCGCAUGGUACCAAAGCUGGCCACAACUCCCAUCAAUAACAGGGCUUCAGUGACGGCAGUGGUGCCACAAAAACAGAACGGGCUGAACUACUGGACCCCCAAAGUCCCCAUUAAAAUCAACACGCUGUCAAGAGAACAAUUGGCUCUUCCCACACACAGCGCUCGCACCAUCCCGCCUCCUCCCACACCCAACAUUGCACCAGUGAGCCCAAAUACCCAGAGCUCAGUUAAAGUGGCCAGCCCCUCCACUCCAGCCGUGGCUAAAUCGAGCCCAGGAGACAGCGGCUUUCUGUCCCACUCAUCCAGCCGUCGGCCACGCACUCACUUGUCUUGCCUACAGCUAUCCAUCCUGCAGUCGUGCUACGAGACCUGCGCCCACCCAAACGCCAUGGAGUGCGAGGCCAUCGGAAGUGAAUUGAACCUUCCACUGAAGGUGGUCCAGAUCUGGUUCCAGAACACGAGAGCAAAAGAGAAGCGCUGGAGGCUGCAGCAGGAAAAACUGUCUCCUCUAACAGGUGGGAAGGUGGACAUGAGCUCAGGAGGCUACCUGCAGUACAGUGCUCUAAAGGCGAAUCGGCCCAUCCUACCCAAGCCCGUUCAGCUAACGGUCACUGAACCUCUAGCCUCUCCAGUGCCAGGUCAACCAGUGCCAAAGGAGGCCCUGACGGGGCACUGCGACGCCUGCAAAGUCUCCUUUGAGUCACGAGCUGCAGCACGGGCCCAUGUUUUCUCCCCACGUCACCUGGCUACCCUGAGAACCACUAACUUUGGCCAGCCGACGGCACUCGUCAAAAGUGGAAGCAGUACCAGCGGAUCGGGCAGUAUACUGCCAAGCUCACAAGUCUCUCUUCCCACCCCCGUAGCCAGCUCUGGAGCUGGUUCUGAGGGCGAGAUAGUCAUCGAGCUGCCUCUGUCGACGGCCACCAGCAGCAGUUAGACUCAGAUCAUAAAUGGUCUGCAAAAUGACACUUGUCGGACCCAUUUGGGCUCCUCAGAUUUAAAAACAAAUUAGAGCACUAAUCCUCUAAAGCUAAUACUCUUUUGAAAUGACAUUUGCUAUCCCUUUUUGCCCGCUGUUCUUUGCUCAACCUCCACUCAACUUGACAUGCGUUAACCCAGAGACUCCACCCGGAAUCAAACACAAACGCUUUCCUUGCUGCUUGUCACUCUGUGGCCGUCUGGGAAACUUUUAAACUUCUCAAUUUUCUUGAGCCCUCACACACUUUAUACUGAUGUUUUUGGUCCUGACCCUGUGGUAUGUAUUAACCUUACUUCUUAUUGUUUGUAAAGCCCUUGACUUUCUAUGCUUAAAUCCUACCCUGAAGACUGAAUCUGUUUUUUUAAACCCUUUUUUCUCUUUUGCAAAUGGGCCCAGCAAUUCUGUUUUUUGGGAUGAUAACAUAAAAUGUUGGUAAUAGAAGGCUUCCUGUUUGCUCCUGUGGAAUUGUAUUUCUCAUGCCUGCUAUCACUUUUAGGGCAAAGGUUAAUCUGUUAAUACAAAAAGACUGAAGCAAUGGGAAAGGAAAAGCUGAUACUUUUUUAUUUUUGUUUGGGUUUUCUUUUUUUUUUUUUUAACUCUUGGGGUGUGCUCAUUUGGGAUAUAAAAAGGUACUAAUGAGAGAAUAGGGCUGUUGAAUUAUUAUUCCUUAAAUACAUCUUCAUAAUUUCAUGACAAUCCAAAUAGACUGCGCUUUGAAAAGUUUAGGAAAGUAGAAUUUUUUUGGCAUACUGCACUUUGACAGAUUUUACGUAUUCUGAAAAUAUUUUAAACAUUCUAAUACUGGUGUCUUUUUACUGAAAGAUGCAUGUUGGACGCCAUAAUAUUAAAUAAAUUGAUUUUUUUUUUUCUUCUUCGAAUUAAACAUGCUUUAGGAGUCUUGCCCAAAAAUUAGACCUGGGUAUUUUAAAAGAAGAGCUUUGUUCCAAUUGACGUUUAUAUCCACUUCUGAAGGAAUCUAACCAUUUCCUGCCUGUAAAGUUGUCCGCAUUCUUUACCAACAGCUGUAAUUAUUACAUUUUUUUUUGCUUUUACUUUAAAUUUCAACAAUACUUUAUACUUCCCACCCCCAUCUCAUUUUGGAAUAUGGCUCUUCAGUCAGGAAGACAUUUACAUUUCUCAUUGGUGCGCCUAGAAAUGACAUGUUAAUUCAAGUCCAGAUAAUCUGUGUAUAAUGUGUUUAAAAUUCACUUCAAUCUGGAAGGUAAAGACCCAUUUUUCUGUAUUUAGGUUUCACAUUAAAUAUUUUUUUUAUUAACUUCUUGAGUGUUUAACAAAUGACAAUAUAGGCAGUGACAGAUUUUUUGAGGUCAAAAGCCAAUCCUGCUAAAGGGUGAAGCAAGGUUUGCAAAAUGGACUGUUUUUCUGUACUUUGUUGCCUUGCUUAAAUGGGUUUAAAAGAAGAUGAAUUCUGUUUGCGCCCUAAAAUCAGCCAUCUAAUAACUACGACAAGGGAGAUAGUAGGGUACAACAAGUAUCCUCAAGGGACUAACGGAUACUAGGAAGCAAAUUAGGAAACUAAAUUAGUUGACUGAGCUAACAAGAUGGUGCUGUUUUGAAGGAUCUUCAACAAACUAAAGGUGUUUUUUUUCUUCCUUCAAAUUAAGUUGUAUAUUAAUGUUGCUAUUGAUAGUUUUAACAAAAAAUGCAAAACUAAAACAAACUUUUGUAAAGAAAUAUAUAAAAAAAAUAACUGAUAUUCCAAAGUGAUCCUCCUCCCUGUGCUUUGUCAUUCAAAAACCAAAAAGCAAUCUUUAGGUCGACAGAGAGCAGGAGGGGUGUAAUGCAAACUGUAAAUGACAUCCCACGGCUUGGCACUUGCACUAGUCCACAAUUUUUUGCACAAGCUACAGAACACAGCCAUUACCACAGCAUUGAGUCACUUGGUGUGUUUCUUUUUUUCCAAACAAAGCCGCUAACCAUGUCCUUCAAUGAGUAAUAAGUUGUACAUCUGUUGGAAACUGUAUCUUGUGUGUAAAGCAAAGGACUGGAAUGCUUGAAUCUCAAGACUGGGAUUACACACAUACACACACGCACACACAUUCAAACACGGUGUUGCACUGUCCAAACUAGAUUCAUUUUUAUGGAGAUCUGCUUUUUACUCUUUUUGUUUAUUGUCACUUUAUCACUAUUGUUAUAACUGUACUACUACUUAUACGAUUUAUUAUUACUGCUCAUCACUGUUUUGGAUUAUUGAUUCAUAAUGGUUUUUAAAUGCCACCUCUGCUCAAAAAGAGUAAUACUUCCUUGAAUAUUGAACAAUAAUCGUGGCAGUGUUGUUAAGAAUUGUUAGACUUUUGAUUAAGCUUAUGUUUUGUUUUGGUUUUUUUUCCCUCAUCUGUACCUGCCUUUUGUGUUUGGUCUCCAUUAUGCUUUCUUUGAUAUUCAGUAAAAGAAAUAAAACUUAUUGAACAACAAAA